CUCUCACAUGCAGUUUUAACAUCCCGUCUUCAAUGGCGACCAAAACCGCUCCCUCCUCCGCCUCCGCCUCCCGCCUCUGCCUCUGUGCUCCGACCACCCAUCCCGGCUCUUUCCGGUGCAGCCUCCACCGCCGUCCGCGUAAGGCCUCAGACAAAUCCAAGGCCGCAGCCGCGAGCGGCGGCGUCGAUUGGAACAAGACCGAUCUCGUUAAGGCGUUUCUGAUGCAGAUCAUCAAACCGUCGAGUCACGAUCUCCAGAGGAGGAGGAAUUUCCAGCCGAAACCCUCCCGAUUCUGUAAUGUCGGCUCCGGUGGAUUGGCGGUUUCUUGAUUUGGAUCGUCAAUCGCGUACGUAGUUAAGUGAUCUUGAUUAAUUAGCGAUCGUUUUCUCUUGUGUGUCUGUUUCUCCGAGGAAAUUUUUUGUGCGUUGUACAGGGGAAUCGAGAGCGAUUGCGCCUUCACUUCUUUUUAUGACGUGGUGGACGAUGAAUUCGCUUGUCGAAUCGUAGAGUUUCUCUUUUUUGAUCUUCAAUUAAUUUAUUUAACUUUUAGGUUAGGAUUAUCUGAGACUGAUCAGUUAUUUUGUUUCUGUGUUGAUUGAACUUAAUUUUGUUUUUGUACAUAAUCAGCGAACGUCUCUUCUAAAUAGUGAGCACGAUUUGGCGUUCUUUUUCACUGGCAAGACGAUGCUAGUCAAUUUGAGUCUUGAAUUUGACAAAAUUUUGAUGUUCUAAAA